GGCUUGCGGCUUUUGGAGAGUAAAGUGUGCUUGGCAGUGUCCCUCGCGUGUAACCUAUUAUCUGUAGCUUCCUUAUGCCUCAAGAGUCAUUGCUAAAAGUUGUUUAACAAUGUUUGUCAACAUCGUUGCCAAAUAGCUUUCUUUGCAUAUAAUUUAAUGCCAGCUCCGAACCGGAUCAGCUGAGCUCUUGACGCGGAGAGAUGCCACAGUUAAUUCGAUAGCCCAAUCUAUGUACAUGCAGCACGCGACCUUUGAUAUAACUGGAUUGAUUUUCUUUACAAGAAGGAUUUUGACAUUUUGUUUUUUUGUGUUUUUAAAUGCGUGGAUUAUUGAGACCGAGGGAAUUUUAAACCGAGUUCCGUAAUAACUGGAGUUUAUUCAGAGGAUAUUCAAAUGUUCACUAAUUACGUCGGAAUUAACGAUUUUGAAAGGGAAUUACCACACAUUUAGAAGAGGAAGAAAAUUACAUCGCAUCACCACUUUAGCUUCUUGAGCUUGAAUCUAAUUCUUAUAUCUUCAAGAUGUGGAUGUAUUUCUACCUCGUUCUUUUUCUGUUAGACGGGGUUGCCUUUUCCUGGGGUGAUUCUUUUUCGCUGGCUGGGACGGGUGCCCAUGGCUGGGUGGAUUGUGUGACGGCCAGUGAUAUGUGCAACCAGAACCCCCAGUGUAGCUCCCGCUACAGGGUGAUGCGCCAGUGCCUGGUGGGCCGAGAGAGGGACACCAUGCUGGCCAACAGGGAGUGCCAGGCUGCGCUGGAGGUGCUGCUGGUCAGCCCGCUGUAUGAUUGUCGCUGUAAAAGGGGCAUGAAGAAGGAGCUGCAGUGCCUGCAGAGCUACUGGAGCAUCCACAUGGGCCUAACCGAAGGUGGAGAGUUUUAUGAAACAUCCCCUUAUGAACCUGUGAUGCCUGUGCGGCACCCUGAUGCACUACGUCUCGCUUCCAUUAUCUCAGGGAUGCACACAGUUGCUCCUAAAGCCAACACUUGCUCUGACCCCGGGAAGACUUGUAAUCCGUGCCUGGAUGCGGCCAAAGCCUGCAACCUCAACAACACCUGCAAGAAACAGCGCUCCGCCUACAUUGCCACUUGCAACAAAGGGAACCCGUGUAACCGCAAGCGCUGCCACAAGGCCCUGAGGCAGUUCCUGGACCGCGUGCCCACAGAUUACAGCCACCAGCUGCUCUUCUGUCCCUGCCAGGACCUGGGCUGUGCGGAACGAAGAAGGCAGACCAUUGUGCCCUUCUGCUCCUUUGAGGACAAAGUCAAACCCAACUGCCUGGAGCUCAGGAAGACCUGCCGUCAAGACCCUCUCUGCAGGUCUAGACUGGCUGAUUUCCACAUGAACUGCAUGGUAACUCAGCACACAGCGAGCAGCUGCCCAAAUGAGGAAAACUACCGGGCCUGUCUGGCCUCCUACGCCGGCCUCAUUGGGACAGAUAUGACUCCCAACUACAUCGACGGCAGUUACAGCAACUGGACUGUCUCCCCAUGGUGCACCUGUAAAGGGAGCGGGAACCAGGAAGAGGAGUGCGAGAGCUUCCUGGGGGACUUCACAGAGAACAUGUGCUUGAGAAAUGCCAUACAAGCAUUUGGUUACGCAACAGACAGUCUCUUCAGCAAACCUGAGCCUGUCCCAACCAGCCUCUCUAUCAAGCCUGAGUUAGAGACCACAGGCAGCACCUCAGAGCCUCUGUCCAACCACACUGACCAGUCUAAUGCUGUGACCCGGUGGAAGGGAAAUGGACCAAAGUGCAAUCUUUCAAAAGGCUACAUUUGUGGAGAUGAGAAUCUGAGGCCUAGCAGUGGUUUCGAUGGCCGGACCAGGCCCAAGAGUCCUCUUGGAGAUGGGUCACCAUGUGUCUUUGCCAGUGUCUGGGCGCUGGUGCUCAGCCUUACCUCUGCCUUGGCCAGCCGUGCCCUAUAAAACCCCCUUGGACUGGCCUCGACCAACAAGCUGAUGCCAAAGGCAAAGUCAUUGUCGUGAGGCUUGUUUGUGGAUGUUUUUUUUUCUUUAAGCCAGGCGUCAUCAUGCUAUUUAAAAAAAGGAGAGACGGGGAGAACCCAAUCAAAGAUAAACUGAAAUAUUAUUUAUUUGAUGUAACAUUUUGGGUCCGGGGACCACUAUAAUGCAGAAGAUGGCUUUACAUGGAACCCCAUUGUGGUGACGCCUCAGUGGUUGAUGACUGUGACUGUCUUUCCAUCAGGAACACAGACAAGACCCCAAAAGUAUCACGUCAAAGACUUCUGCACUCCUGCCGUGACGAAGAGAGAAAGACAGGCAGAUAGUGAGAGAGCGAGAGUGUAAGAGCGGGAAAUAGAUAAGAGGGAAAAAGAGAGGAAGAGUAAAGAUCUGCUGUCCGUCACUUGUUUUCGUCUUGAAACAGUGCACAGACUUGCUCUUCUAUAAUGGACAAACCUCAAACUGUGUUUCAGUUCCUUGCAGACAUGGAAGAGCUAUGAUGUUUGUGUCUUUCAAAAGUGUAAAAUCUUAAAUUAAGUGUAUCCAUCUAAUGAUAAACAUUAUCUUCUGUAUAAAUCUUUCAUUUCAUCAUAUUUUCUUUUUCAGCAGACAACGAAAUGAAGGACUCAAAGAUGAUGUUAACUGGUUCACAUUUGAUAAGUUAUUGUCGAUUGUAGGUUAGAGUAAAUAUCCACCCUCAUAUUGUCCAUAUUUUUGUCUGUGUAUAUAACAAACUUCUUUCUUUCAAUGAACGAAUAUGACCAACCUUUAACGGUAAUGGCGAUAUAACAGCACUGUAAUGUUGAGUAUGAAGAACUAAUGUAAUGUACCACGUUGGCAAUGUCUAUGAAGAAACUAAGUGGCAAAAAUGCUGGUUGUAUGCCUUCAUUAUUUGUAUUUAUUUCAGUCUAUAAUGGUUCAUAUCAUAGUCAAAAAUAAUGUAUACAGGGAUGAAAUUAAAUUAGCUUUAUUUGUGUGAAAAGUCAUUACCUGCUUUGUACAGUGCAAAUUCACUUAGCCUUGUCUAUGCUUGUAAUGGCAUCUCCAGCUCAUCAAACUUCGAAGGCUGCAUUUAAACCGGCUGCUGAAUUCAUAUAUGUUUUUACCAAUUGCUCUUUUGACAAAGUCUACAAGCUCUGAAGAACAGAAAAGAUCCAAUGACAUUGGUCAAAAGACAAAGUAUUAAGAAAAUAAAUCACUAUUGGGUUGCCUGUUUCACUUUCAACUCAGCUUACAGUAUAUAAUGACCAAAAUAAACGGGUUCAAGUAAAAAUAACACAAGUAAUCAGGACAAUAUUGGACAACAUCUAUGCCCGGGAUUGGACAUUUGGGUUUCCAUUGAACUGAGGUUGGUAAAGCCAUUUACAGCUGCUGCAUUUGGCUGUGUUGAGUUUACCCCCGUGCACUUCAGUUUGAUUGGUCAGUUUGUAGCUGAGUCUUGUAGAUGACAUCAUGACGUACUGUCUAUGAAUGAUUACAAUAAUGGCUCUGGAAGCCCAUAAAGCCAAUCAAACGCAUACGGUAAAUGAACCGUUUUUGACUUGUAGUAAUGUAAAUUAAUAAAAUGGUCAAAAUAUCCC